AUGUCCUCGGCCGUAGCCGAGCUAGAAGCGGGGUUGCAGGCCAUGCAGGGUCUCAAGCCGCCGGGCGUGUCAGGAUCCCGCAUCACAGCCUUGACCAGCCUGUGCGUUGCAAACGUCCAGUCCGAGUCCGUCCUGAUUCAGAAGCUCUACACGCAUUUCAAGCGGACACCAGGCACACACAAACUCGGUGUUCUCUACGUCGUAGAUUCUGUAACCCGCAAAUGGCUGGACCAGGCCAAGCUGCAGGGUCAGGCUGUCAACAGCUCAGCACCAGACGGCACAUAUGCUGCGGGUGUGAAUAGAGUAACUGAACUGAUUCCCGUCCUGAUGAAUGAUAUAUUGUCGUCAGCGCCGGCCGACCAAAAGGAGAAGAUCAGGAAGCUGGUCGACAUUUGGGAAAAGGGCCAGACGUUUCCGCCCAAAUUGAUUGAAUCCUUCAAGGACAGAUUGAAUGCUGCCCAGCCAAAUUCAUCAACGACACCACCUGGAAGUCCUCCAUCCAAUGUUUUGGCGCCCUCAGCGGCCCCCCGGCCUGAUGCUGCGGCUGGACCACCGGCGAUCCCGCCAAACAUUAUGGAAACACUAGCCAGCAUUGCGCGGCAGAGCUCAUCAGCAGGAAAUGCUGGUCCGACUCCCGGGCUGACGGCCACGCCGCCGAACAUGUCGGCUCCUUUCGGCAAUGGGCCCAACAACGCCAACAUGCCCCAACACAUGGCGAACCAGAUGCCGGCAGGCAUGUCAUAUCCACCGCAGUCGAUGCCUUUUCAGAUGCCGUCAGCACUGUCGGGUGCAGCAGCGCCGACGCCUCAGAUCUCCAUGCCGUUUCCCACGCCUGCUGCUACCAAUCAGAUGCUGCCUUCGGGCUUCCCUGGCCUGGCAGCCGGGCUUAACACAGCCGCUCUGCAGCAGCAACAACCACAACAGCCGGCUGGCGGCAACAUGCAGCAGAACCUGUUUUUCAUCCAGGCGCUUCUAGCUCAGGGCUUGUCGCUGGACCAGAUUUCGGGAAUCCUAGCACAGGUUAACGGUGACGGACCAGCAGCUCCGGCGGCCCCGACGUCGCUGGUCCCUGCUGCGCUGGCAGCAGCCGUGGCAGCGGCCGGAGGAGCUGGUGGUGCUGGUGGUAUGCCACCGGGAUGGCCGCAGAACAGCAGUGCCGGCGGGUAUGCCGGAGCGGGAGCUCCAGACUGGAGCAGCAGUGCAAAUGUACUCGACAGAUUCGGACGGCAGUCUCCUAACAGGGGACGCGGGCGGUCGAGGUCGCGGUCGCCAGGGCGGUAUUAUGAUGAGCGGGGAUCUCCGCGAGGACGCGACGAGCGUCGAUCGUCUCCGGGUCGCGGCGACAAAGAGCACCGUGAGCGAGGACGGGGCCGGGAAUACCGACAGCGGUCGCCUGCGGGUGGACGGCGUGGUGGCAGCGGCAACGACGGAGUGAGCCCACACCGGGAGCCGCCUGCACCGACAGAGAAGUGGAUUGAGCACGACGCAUCGCUGCCACCGGGAUCGAUCCGGGUGCUGAGCCGGACGCUGUUUGUGGGUGGUGUGACGAUCUCGGAGCAGGAGCUGCGGGCGAUCUUUGGGCGAUUCGGUGCGGUGCAGACUUGCAUUGUCAACAAGGAGAAGCGACACGCGUUUGUCAAGAUGUACACGCGCAAGGAUGCAGAGCUGGCGCGCAGCGGCAUGGAGUUGAUGCGGUCGGACGACUCGGGGCUGCGGACGCGGUGGGGUGUUGGGUUUGGGCCGCGCGACUGCAGUGAUUACUCCAAGGGCAUCAGCGUGAUUCCGAUUCCGAAGCUGACCGAGGCCGAUCGCAAGUGGUUGUUGACGGCGCCAUGGGGUGGCAGUGGUGGACGGCAGAUCGAGCCGGGGAUGGUGGUGGAGGAGCCGGACAUUGAGAUCGGCGCGGGAGUGUCAUCCAAGGCGAUCAGCCGGCGGAUGCAGACGGAUCGAGGCGGUGUCAACGGGCCACGGUCAACGCGGCGAGAAGAGGAGCUGGCGGCAGCAACAAAGGGCAGUCACGAGGGCGGAAGUGGUGGUGGUGGUGGCCGUGGGACGAGACGGGGAGGACGUGGAAGCGGUCGGGGCGACGAUCACGGCGGCAAUGGCGGCAAUAACGGCAGCAACCAGCACAAUGUUGUUGGUGGCAGUCAGGAAGCGCCGAAUAUGGGUGCAUUUCCGUUUGGGUUGACGAUGGGUCCAAACGGGAUGCCCGUCUUUCCUUCCGGCUUCCAGUUCCCGGCGCCCAGCCAGAGUGGCAGCCUGUGA